AUGACAAAGUUUUUCACAAUGAGCCAAAGAACGUUUGACGACAGUUAUCUCAAUAGAAAUCCGCUCGUCUGCGACUGCCAGCUGCGAUGGCUCAUUGUGACAGUUCAGGCCGGCGUCUCCAAUCUCACAGUAAAGGAAGCAGUGUGUAGUGAACCCGUGCACCUGAAGGGGCGUGGUAUAAGCAAAGUCACCCAAGCGGAUAUCAACUGCAGCACGCACGAUACGAUUGAGAUAUUAAAGGCCCCUAAUUCUACAUACGAUGUUGAGCCCAAUAUGAAGAUUGUCAUUGCCAUAGAUGUCAUCACGGACCCAGACUGGCAGAACCAGAUUAGCUACAAAUGGUUCUGGUACUUGUCAGUUACCACGGCGACCGGUGACCAGAUUAUAGAGAAGCAGCCACUCCCACCCACCUCCAGCUAUGACAAGUACUUCAAGCUUUCACUGUCGGGCAAGGAGCUGAGCUUCACCAUACCCGACGUGAAAACACCUGUAAUGGCGGACAAUACGGCCGAGUAUAAUCUCUACCAGGACCUCACGGAUGACAGGCUCUUCUCCAUCAAUAUCAGCCACAAGUUUGACCAUCGAGUGGUUAACUUCACUGUGAAAGGAAAGGAGCUGGACAUAAAAAACAAUAUUGAGAUAGUAAAGGCGCCCAAUGCCACAUACAACGUUGAGCCCAAUAUGAAGAUCGUCAUUGCCAUAGAUGCCAUCACGGACCCAGACUGGCAAAACCAGAUUAGCUACACAUGGUUCUGGUACUUGCCAGUAACCACGUCGACUGGUGACCAGAUUAUAGAGAAGCAGCCACUCCCACCCACCUCCAGCUAUGGCAAGUACUUCAAGCUGUCACUGUUGGGCAAGGAGCUGACCUUCACCAUACCCGACGUGAAAACACCUGUAAUGGCGGACAAUACGGCCGAGUAUGAUCUCUACCAGGACCUCACGGAUGACAGGCUCUUCUCAAUCAAUAUCAGCCACAAGUUUGACUAUCGAGUGGUGAACUUCACUGUGAAAGGAAAGGAGCUGAAAAAAACAACCGGUGAAGAUAAAGAGCAACCGUCGACAAAUAUAUGGAUUGCAACGACGUUGGCAUUAUGUCUGCUAAUAGUUGGCGUCACCACCACUGCUUGUUUGUGUAUCCGAAGGAAGAAAGAGAAGAGGGCCCAAAUAGCCGUUCAACUGAAUGAACUAAAACCAUCGGAUAUUCCACCAGAAUUGAUCAACAGCAACAGUGGUAAUUUUGAAGUCUUUCCCAACGACAAUAAUGACGACAACACCGAUCAUUAUGAUGUAUUGCCCGAUGACAACAAUGACGACAACACCGAUCAUUAUGAUGUAUUGCCCGACGACGUCCAUGACGACUGUGUCGUUCCGUAUGCAGUCGUCCAUUUGGACAAUACAGAGCGUGAGGCGACACCAAUGUUCAGAUCUCUCCAGUCACAGAUAACAGAUGAUUAUCUGCACACUGGUUUGGGAGAAUCCAGCUACAUGAUCCCAGCAUCAUCGUAUGUAUUGGGCCGAAUAUGUGAGAGCGAAACUUCAGUUCAGACACAUUCUGCAGUGGCCGAUUAACUAGACAAUGCCGCCACAUUGGAGAUAAAGUACAAGAAGUCCGAAGAACUGAUAAAUGUUACUAAGGAAAUAACAACUAACGCAAGCGCCGAAAAAAGCUGUUUGAUUACGGUAAAAGUUAGGGCAAAUUUGAAGCGGAGACAAAUAACACCGGCACCAAAUAGGAUAAAAAUGAUGAACGUGGGGAAACAAAUUGCAAAGACUUUGAUUUUUGGAGAAUGACGCUCAAGGGGUGACAAACAAAGAAUCCGGAACCAAGGAGUACGUUUUCGUAUAAAAAGAGUACACAAAAACAUUUUUUCCAAAUAGGAAUGUUUUCAUAUGGAUUUAACCUAUGCAGUCAAUUGUUAAGUUCCUCAAAGCAAAUGUAUAUGUUUCUGUUGCAAAUAUAAAUAUUUACCCCCAUUAACGAGCUUUGUCGAAAUAAACGGCAUAUAAAUAAACCUCAUGAUUUCAGAAAUUCUUGGAUAUAAUUGUCAUGCACACAAUAACGACGUAUUGUUGUUUAUAAACAUAACGUCAAUUGUCAUGUAUGAUGUUCGUUCUUUGAUUCAUUGGUGUUUUAUUUUCUUUUUUUGUGGAUAUUGCUGUAUACUAUUCUGAGAAUAGUGUACGAUAACAGAAUACUAGGUAUAAAUGUCGAAUACAGAUUCGUUUAUAUGCUCAGCACGUAUGCAUCUUUCAAUAUUCCAGGCGUAUUGCUCCGGGUAUUUUUGUAAGCAUCGCUAAACAAACUUAUGAGAACUGAUUUCCUUAAACGAGUUGAGGAACAUUAUUACGAGCAGUAAACGCACCUCUUUUUCGAAUCACCAGGACUUGUUUAAUACACUAUGAAGGGGUCGACGAUCACCGGUUAAACUUGUGAAUGGCAUGCUCUUCAACAAAUGCACACACACUACUCUUUCAAAACAAGUUGAAUAACCUCAACAGUAAAUAAAAAAAAGUUAAUUCAUUUGAUAAUGCAGUUGGAUAUUUUGACAACAAGCAUCAUGCUAUUUUCCGAUAACAAAAAGAAUAAGAACGCUAUGAAAACCCAAAAUGUAAUCUUUAAAAUAUUCAAGAAGAACAACGCAUCUGAACUGUGAUGUUCAUAUUUCACAAGUAUCAAAGUUAAUAAUUUGUUGAAAAUAUUAAUGUAUUUUGAACACAACAAUUUCAAAUGCAAUGUUUAAAUGUUUUGACUUUGGCGUAUACAACAGUAACCUGUUACUUAAAAUGACCGCUUAUUAACGUUGUGUGAUUUAUAAAUUGUGUUAAACUACACGAAAUCAUUUCUAUGAAUGUAUAUAUAUAUACACUAUCGGUUUUUACCAAAGAUAAUACAAAAUAAUUAAAACUGUAUUUAACCUAGCACAGUAGCACUGUACAAUUUAUGCUGUGCACAUAUGCAAUGUAAUACAGUCCGUCAGUAAGUUUCGGUGUCCACUCUCUAACUCAACAAGUUUUAUCUGAUCAUACUAUGGACUAAGACAUUAAGAAUAUUUAAUUAUGAAAUUAAAGCUCCUUUUAUACUUAUCUUUUCUACAGAGCAUAUUUUGAAAGAGAUAUUAUUUUGAAACAAAUUACAAAGGCAGAUUUCAUUUAGGGGAUGUGAAGUGAACAGUGCAUGCUGCUUUCCUAUUUGUUACAGUUAUUGUCCGUUGUUUACUCUUUCUCCCUUGAGUGUAAAGUUAUUGCCUUAUAAUAAUUUUUACUUAAAAUUGAUCCGGAUAAAAAGUCACGUCGUGUAAUGUAUGUAGCGGGAGGAUGUAAUGGUAUAGAGCGGGGACUUUCGUUUAAUUCUGAUAUAUUUCUUGUCUUAUUUUGUUAAACGAGCGAAGCAAUCGUGUCUCGAACAUAUUUGUGCGCAUAUGAAUAUUUUUUCGCUAUAUUACAUCGUUGAAACCGCCAUUUUCAAUCUCAAGCUUACUAUUUGUGUGAAUUGUUGUUGGUCUCAAAAACGUUUUAACGUUUUAAUUUUUUUUCUAAAUAUCAUGUAAAAGCAUGAAGCAUGAAUGUUUACUUCGUACAUUUGCUGAAUGUGUUCUUGCGCAUAUAUAUUACUAAAAUUGUGAUAAAAUUGUGUCAGUUAAAAUUGCAAUUAGCAUGUGAAACUCGUUUAAUGAAAACACGAUUUCAAUACGAAUUAGUUAAUGUCAUAAAAACUAGUUUAAAUGACAUAUUUUCUAAUAGUUUUCUUUCGUACUUUAAUUAAAAUAACAUUAUAUUUUAUGUGAAAAUUGGCGUAAAUUUCGUAACGUAUCAGGAAAUUUAGAGACAACUUUGACAGCUCACAUGCUACAUGCACCUUUUACCCUUGGAAAGGAAUACAUCGAAUGUUCAACUAACAAUGCCCUAGUUGCAUACUAGUCGCCAUAUAUUCCUUAUACAAUUUGUCUAUUUAAAUGAUGUUUUUUUUGCUUACAUGUGUUAGUUCCGCUACCAUUUCUUGGCGUUGUAUAUUGCUGUUACUAUUGAUUUUAUUCGAAUUCGCUAAUCAAUGAUAACUAUAUCUGAUUCAUUCUUGCUUUAAACAUCAGUGUUGUUCUUUUUAAGUAUGUAUAUUUCAGUAAUUGUAAUGAGUACAUUUAUUAUGAUUUUUAAAAAUUUCCUUUCUAAAACAUAAAAAUUUUAUUGUAUAAAAAGCUGAUUUUCUGACUUAAGAUAUUUCACACGAUCUCUGCUCGAUUUCAUUAAAGUUUACAGAGAAGCGAGGAAAAUAUUAUUCAUCUAAACAUUGCUCUUUUCUAGAUUUAUUCCGUGUUUAUCAUAAUAAUAAAAUUAUAUAAGUUGUUUUGUUCCUUAUCUGUAAGGAACAAAACAAUUUAUAUAAUUUUAUGUAAAGCUAUUUAAUUUUCGAGAAUUUGAUUUGUAAUUACCAAAUCAUAAUUUGAUCAUAAUGAGGAAAAUAGUAUCUUACGUUAAGUAAAUAUUAUUUACAUGACUGCAAACAUGUUUUUUAAAGGCGUGAUUUUUAAAACAGUAAAUGCUCUCAUUUAAACUUAUUUUGUAUCUAUAUCAAUAUAUUCACAGCAGAAAUGUAUACUUGUUAAAGUCCAACAUAUAU